CAUAUAGUAAUUUGUAGAAAAAAUUUAUGCUAUUGCAAAUUGGUCCUUACACUCCCAUAAAACUCUACAAAAUUACUAUACGAUAAAAGAAUAUCUCCAAAAGAGAUAGAGAUGAAGAAGAGAAGACAUUUUAAAUUAUUAAUAUUAUUUUAUUACAAAAGUAAAGACAAAAUAGAACUCUAUGAUUCACUUAUAACACAAUUUUCACAUUUCCAACACACCGAAAGGUCGAAACGGUGUCGUAUUGGGAAGUCAAUAUCAUCAGGUAAAAUUCGGAGGCGGAGAAAAGAAAAAGAAAAAACGAAUAAAAUAAUAAAUGACCCUUCGAAAUAGAAAUGAAAUUAUUAAAAAAAAUAAAUAAAUAAAACGCCCCUUCAAAUAAAAUUGGAAGAAAUAAAUGAAACCACGCCACGGAGCGCGUGGCGACAGAACUACGUGGUUGAGAUUGAACGUGAUGGACACGCGCUGUCCCUGCGGAUGGGAUGUUGGCUUUCUUUAUUACUGAAUUGUUCAAAGGCGCGAAGCCAAGUAAAGAAAUAGAUAAUAAUUGAAAAAUAAAUGAGAGAGAGGGAUAGAGAGAGAGAGCACAGAUUUGGAGAAGAAGGAAGUGGAAGAAGGAGGAGGAGGAGGAGGAGGAGGAGAAUGAGGUUAGGGAAGUAUGAGUUGGGGAAAACUUUAGGAGAAGGGAAUUUCGGGAAGGUGAAGUUGGCUGCGGAUGUCCGUACCGGCUGUCGUUACGCCGUCAAGAUCCUUGACAAGACCAAGAUUCUCCAUCUCAACUUCUCCGAUCAGAUUAAGCGUGAAAUAAGUACUCUCAAGCUUCUUAGGCAUCCGAAUGUUGUUAGGCUUUAUGAGGUUUUAGCUAGUAAGACGAAGAUUUAUAUGGUUCUGGAGUGCGCUUCUGGUGGAGAAUUGUUUGAUAGAAUUGAAUCGAAAGGUAAGAUGGAUGAAGCUGAAGGUCGAAAGAUUUUCCAGCAGCUUAUCGAUGGUCUUAGCUACUGCCAUGACAAAGGAGUUUACCACAGGGAUCUCAAGUUGGAAAACGUGCUUGUUGAUGCUAAGGGAAAUAUUAAGAUUUCUGAUUUUGGUCUCAGUGCUUUACCACAGAAUUGCCGGGAAGAUGGUUUGCUGCACACAACCUGUGGAAGUCCUAACUAUGUUGCACCAGAGGUUCUUGCUAAUAGAGGAUAUAAUGGAGUCGCCUCUGAUAUAUGGUCAUGUGGGGUUAUCUUGUAUGUUAUUCUUACGGCUUGUCUACCUUUCGACGAGACCAAUUUGGCUUUACUUUAUAAAAAGACUUUGAGGGGGGAUUUUCAGAUACCCAAAUGGUUAUCAGCAGGUGCCAGAAAUUUGAUCAGGAGAACUCUCGAUCCCAAUCCCAGUACUCGGAUUACCAUAGCAGGAAUCAAAGAGAAUGAGUGGUUCAAGACUGACUAUAAUCCUGCUUCUCCUUGUUAUGAUGAUGAUGAGGAGGAGGGUUCACUUACCGAUCAGGAUGAUGCCAUCUCAACGCCUGAUGAGCCAUCUGACGUUGAAAACAGCCCAGAAUCUCCUUCUAUUAUCAAUGCUUUUGAGUUAAUUGGAAUGUCUUCAAGUUUGGAUUUAUCCGGAUUCUUUGAGCAAGAGGAUGUCUCCGAGAGGAAGACCAGAUUUACCUCGAACCAUUCUGCCAAAGACUUGCUUGAGAGAAUCGAGGUUAUCGCAACGGAUAUGGGAUUUCGAGUUCAAAAGAAAAGCGGAAAGUUGAAAUUGAUUCAAGAAAUAAGAAGUCAAAAAAGCCCAAGUAAUCUAUCAUUUGUAGCAGAGGUCUUUGAGAUAAGUCCAUUGCUUCAUGUAGUCGAACUGAAAAAAUCUUUUGGAGAUUCAUCAGCUUACAGACAGGAAUUGGCUUGCUUCCUUAUAUAGACAAUUCAUUCACAAUAAUGAGGCUAGGUAUGUGGUUCCAAAUAAACAUAAUUUCCAUCCCUUGUAGAGACAAAUUGGGGUCGACGGCCGAGACUAUGUGGCAAGUCGAUUGCCGAGUUCUUCACUAUAGACCUGUAUCAAACCACUGUCGUCAUCGUUUUGGAGCUUAUGAUUGAGGAUGGCCUUGUAUUGAUCAUCUCUGUUCUCCAAGCUGCGUAUGAAUUCGACCUAAGAACAAAUAGAAUUUGUUAAAAGCUAAUUCUCCAUUUUUCAAGUUGCAUUGAUAAUCUUAAACAUGCAAUAUUAAUUCCUCGGGAUAAAGAACAUGUAGGUUUGAGAAGUGUGGAUGAAAAAAUAUGACUGGACAUUGAAAUUUAAAUAAAAGAUUCCAGUUCUGACA